AUGGGGGCAGAUCCUCUAUCGGCCAUUCAUGAAGAGCAGCGCCACUUUGAGAUUCCUACCAUUCCAGUAUUUGGGUCUAUUUUUGAGGGAAAAACUUAUGAUUACGUUAUCGUUGGGGCUGGUACAGCGGGGAUGACCAUUGCUGCUCGUCUAUCUGAAGAUCCCACCAUACAUGUUGCGGUUGUUGAAGCGGGAAUUGACUACGCUCUGUCACCGGCUAACAAACCAUUGGUUGAUACACCUGGGGCCGACACUUUGGGAUGCGGUAGCAAACAGUAUGACGCUAUCAAUGACGCCGUUGAUUGGCGGUUCGACACCACACCACAGUCGGGAGCUAACAAUCGUAUAGUUCGCUACGCCAGGGGGAAAACUAUUGGGGGCAGUUCGGCACGCAACUUUAUGAUUUAUCAAAGAGCAUCAAAAGGCUCUCUGGAUAAAUGGGCUGAGCUGACUGGGGAUCCCGAUUGGACGUUCGAAAAGCGGUUUGCUGAUUAUCAAAAGAGCGUCUCAUUCACUGCUCCUAAGCAUGAUUUGCGCCAGGAGUUACCGGAAGCUCGAUAUGACGAUCUUGCUUUCACCCAAGCAAACGGGCCGGUUCAGUUAUCGUACCCCAACAUGGCCCAACCUUUUUCAAAAUACAUGCAACUGAGUCUCAAUGAGAAAGGUAUUCCUACGUGCCAGGACUUCAACGGAGGGACGCUGAGUGGAGUGCAAUACUCUUCAGCAACUAUCGAUCCAAAAGACGGCCAUCGGUCCACCUCACGCGCCUUCUUCGCUGCCGCGCGUUCUCGUAGUAAUCUGGUGGUUUACACUACGGCCAUGGUGAAGAGGAUUAUCUUUGAUGAAUCGACACCGCCACGAGCGGAAGGGAUUGAAUUUGUUUACACGCUAACUGGUGUGUCUGAUAAGCUGCUUGCAAAGAAAGAAGUGAUUGUGUCGGCGGGUGCCUUCCAGACUCCACAACUGCUCAUGGUUUCUGGGAUUGGUCCCAAGGACCAGCUCACCGCCAACCAAAUCCCAAUACUUGUUGAGAGUCCGAAUGUUGGACAAGGAAUGCAAGAUCACAUAUUUUUUGGUCCCACUUAUCCGGUUCAUUCUAUUGAAACGUUGACUCGCGUUGCCGCACACCCCGAGCAUCUGGCCUCUCAAUUCGUCAAUUUCACUCUUCGGCAACUGGGCCCACUGACUAAUAAUGUUGCAGAUAUGAUUGCUUUUGAAAAGUUUGACGAAUCGAAGUUGGAGCAACUAAAUUCAGAUUCGCUCUCUGGUUAUCCUACCGAUUGGCCCCACGUCGAAUACUUGAGUGCAGCCGGUGUUGUGGGUGACUUCGCAAAUUUGCUCACUUCAAACGCUUUAGCUGGUGCGGCCACCGGAAAAGAGUUUGUGACAAUUCUGGCGGCCUUAGUCGCUCCACAGUCCCGAGGAACUGUCAAGAUUGCCUCAAAUGAUGCAUCCGUUCCCCCCCUGAUCGACCCAGCAUGGCUAACUGACCCCGUCGAUCAAAGAAUUGCUGUCGAAGCUUUCAAAAGAACCAGGGAGUUCUUUUCGGCUGAAGCUAUGCAACCCAUCCUUGAUGGCCAGGAAUACCUACCAGGUCCUUCAGUCACCGGUGAUGAUCAAAUCCUUGAUUGGAUUAAAAACAACCUUAUGACGGUGUGGCAUGCUGCUUGCACCUGUUCAAUGAGAACUCAAGAACAGGGCGGAGUGCUUGAUUCACAUUUCAGAGUAUAUGGCACUCAGAGCCUUCGUGUCGUGGAUGCAUCCGCGUUUCCUUCGCUACCACCAGGCCAUCCUCAGUCCACAGUGUACAUGAUAGCUGAACGAGCUGCUUCUUUGAUACAAGAAGAAAACUCCUGAAGGACUGUUGGUGGAUUCCUGGCGAUCUCUCAAUGUUUCUUCCACUUUUCGUGGAGGAAAUUAGAUAUUUCGAAUAGACUCCAUGCAUGAAUAAUUAUGCAUUUUGUUAACUAAUUUCGUAUCUUCUUUUCAAAUCAUCGAUGCUCCAUACUACCUCAUUUGGAC